CGCAACGUGCAGGUUGCGCACAGAGAGGACGUAGCUGCUGCACUGGCAAGGCGGAGGCGCGAUUACGGCCGUGAGGAUGCAGUGAAAACCUCAAUUUACCCAGCUAAGUUACAAUCGGGCAUUAGGGUAGCUACAACAAAAUAACGUCGAAGAUGAGUGUGAUCAAGUCUGGGCACGAAGACAAGGCGGAGAGUGGUAAAGGCAGCCUCAACGACAGCGGCGGCGGCUCCCCGAGGCUCCAGCAGUGCGCUCAGCCCCCCAACAGCAGCAGCAGUCGGACCAAAGACAGCAGAUAUCAACAGCAGCUCCAACAGCAGAGGCAUCAUGGUGGGUCGAUGCUGAAACAACCAGCCUACAACGAGCCAGCUGACGUCGUGAGGCGGGCGUUGGACUUCAAGAGCCAGGGCACCCAGUGCUACAAGGAUAAGAAGUACCGAGAGGCGAUUGGCAAGUACCACCGCGCUCUGCUGGAGAUCAAGGGGCUGUGCAGGGUGCUGGGGGACCCGGACACCACCUCCAAAUCCCCAUCCCCCCUACUGCCGACCAUCAGCAAGUCCAGUACGCUGACAGAUGAGCAGAAGGGGGCGAUGGAGAAAGCGGAGCUGGAGUGUUACAACAGCUUAGCAGCUUGCCUUUUGCAAAUGGAGCUGGUGAACUACGAACGAGUGAAGGAAUAUUGCUUGAAAGUCCUUCACAAGGAAGGAAAAAACUUCAAAGCGCUCUACCGAUCCGGAGUGGCAUAUUACCAUCUUGGUGACUUUCAGAAGGCUCUCCACUACCUGAAGGAGUCACACAAACAGGAGCCAUCAGACACCAACGUCAUCCGUUACAUCCAACUAACAGAGAUGAAGAUUCGCCGAAAUGCCCAAAGGGAAAAGAAAGAGACGACACAAGCACUCACUGCCUGAUGACUUCUCACCCGUCCCAAAUUUCAACCCCACUGUGUGCCACCCAGACUUUAAACACCACACGUCAGAGGUCUUGGUGUGAAACGAUGUUUGUUUGCAUUUGCGUUUUACAGCAUACGGUUGCCAGUUAUGUGAUGGAACGUUGUUGUGUGCUUGGAGUGUUUUCUUUUUAGAAAAAAAAAAAAAAAAAAAAAAAGCACCAGAUAUUUUUAAUCCCUCCCCAAG